GUAAUAAGACACUAAAAAGUUAAAGUGAAUGUAAAAGGAAAAAAAAAAAAGCAACAAAUGCGGUGAAAAAAAGGGGCAAGUAAAAAGUAAAAAAGCAUGUGUUUGUUUUGUUGGUUGGUUGAACUUGAAGAAAAGAAAAGUCAAGCGCAACACAAAUCGCGAUCUUUCGUUCCUUCCAAAGUACCUGGCGGCCACGCCACUCACUAUUCCCUGUUUGGUUGAAACAAACUAACAGUAUCAAAAACAAAUCCAAUCCAUUUAGAUUUUUACCUGUAUUCAUUUUCCAAUAGUCUUAAACAAACACGUACUACUUUCCUUUGUAAUCCACAAUGCUCCCUAACCUCUUCUUAGUGUUGGUAUUGUUAUUCGCGCGUGUUUACUCGCACGAGGAGUCGGGUCCGUGGACCUGCGAAUCCGGGUCAGAGAUCCGAGUUGAGUCCGAGUUUGAACCCGGUGUUAUUACACUUGAUGGUCACGCAGACGAUUGGAAGGACAUUGAUGGGUCCCACUUUUCUCUUCUCCUUGCUCUCGACCCUGAUGCUGAAAAUGAAUUCAACGGCGGAAAAAUGACCGUUAAGAGUGUGCAUGAUGGCCGUGAUAUUUUCUUUUUGCUACAAGUUGACGGUGAUUAUGCGUACUCUAAUGGUGAAGGCAACAAAUGUCCCUCUGUUGCACUCAUGUUUCAAAUUGGUGAUGAUGCUUCUUAUCAUAAUAUGGGUGGCUGUGAGGAACAUACAACCUCAUGCACAAAUAAGACCUGUAAAGGUCAUGAAGUUGACAUUAUGCACUUUUCAAUUGGAAAUGCCAUUCCAGGACGGCUUUAUGGCGGGAAUCCUGUUGACAAUAGGGAUGGAAAUGGGGGCGACAGGUUUGGCCAUUUGGUUGAUCUUUAUGCCUGGAAUCCACACUGCAGAUACUUGGAUGGAAAUGGUCCUUCAGAUUCUGUUAAUGAUUCUAGUGCACAGAAUGACUGGAAGGGUGCUUGGUGGCAUAGCAGCUUUACAGUUCACUCAGGUUUUGUAGAGGAUGAAAGUCCUUAUGCAGAAAAUGGAAAAAAGGGCACAUAUUUUUUUGAAUUCUCUAGGCCUUUGAGGACUAUGGAUCAUCUUCAACAGGAUGUGCAGUUUACCAUUGGCGGAUCGAGCAAGAUGUCUGUUGCAUUUUGGUAUCCAAUAGACGGUCAACCAUGGCACGGCUCCGGACACUACUCGGUUAACUGUGAUUGGGUUCCAAUUGAUAUAUCUCAGGGAAGUUCAUUGAGUGUGAAGUCAGUAGACCCAACAUCAAGUAGCUCAUGGAAUGUUGCAAGUGCAUUUUCACUAAUACUUUCAGUAGCAGCACUUUGUGUGUCUGUGUUUGCGAGCUAUCGAGUUUUUCAUCCCAACAGUGUUCCCUUUACCCCAAUGGAGAACCUUUAAAUAUUGUAAAAACACCUUGGGUUUGGGAUUGUACUAUUCAUUACGAUUGUACUAGAUAGGUUUGUACUGUUUAGUACUUUCUCUUGCUUUAUUUUUUAAAUUCUAUUUGAAGCAUUACUUUAGUUAUUUUAAGCAGUGUCAGAAAGUGUUAGUUCAAUUAUCAAGCAUGAUGGAGUUCCGUCUUGUGCUUA